UGGCCGAUGCUUCGAGAAAGGAGUGUCGUGAGUUUUACUGAGUGACCAUCGGCUUAUCAUCAUUGAACAUCUGUGAAAGUUUUGGUGUUUUACUGGUUCGUAACUUUGUAUUGUGAUAGUUUAAGGUGGAUUUAGAUUUGUCUACGCCAGGAUUACAUAGCACUAUGGAUGCCACAAGGGAUACCCAGGAGGUGAUUCGUCAUCGUUUGGCCUAUAUCGCGAGGCCGCCGUCGCGUAGGCCCGAAGGUUGCAUGUUCACCUGGCGUGGCCAAUAUCCGUACGCGCGAUUGUUCCGCGGAAAUCACGAUUCCGUCGCGUCGCGUUGUCGUGUUUCUAAGUAUGUCGAUUGGGUUGCAGCGGCGGGGUUGGCGUUCGCGUUUCGCCGUGUUACGCCGCUGCACGAGCCCUGGGGCUUUGCCCCUCCGCGUCAAGCCGCGCACGCGUUAGGAGCCCUAGCUCCAGUUAGAAAAGUCGGAGUACCCUAGAAUGUCGUCCCGACGUAACGGAUCGGUGUCCCGCGCUGCGGAAGCCGCUUCUAAGAACAGACUACAUAUGGACAGGAAUCCACAGCAUGCUAAGAUCACUGAUCCAUCAAAUCCUGCUGGUCGCCGCAAGGAGAUUGACAAUGUCAUGAAGAGAGCCAGACAGGCCUCACCUGGCAGCUGGGAUAGAAAACUGUUGCAGGUGGAGGAGAAGGAUCCUAACAGAUGGCGACACACUGGAUACAAGCAGCUGUAUCUCGAAGGAGGUGGUUCGCCCAGAUCUCCGAGACGUUCUAGAUCGCCAGUCGGCCGUCGAUCACGUUCGCCCGUAACGCGCCGGUCAAGGUCACCGGUACGUCGCUCGCCUAUCCGCAGAUCACGGUCACCCAUUCGUCGGUCACGGUCGCCUGUACGCCGGUCGCCGCGGAAAUCGCGCUCACGGUCAAUACGCCGAAGCCCUAGGCGGUCUCCGCGUAGAAGUCCCGUUAGACGCAGCAGCCCAGUGCGAAGUCCCCGUCGACGGAGCCCCAUCCCAGCCAGGCCCAAGCGGGCUAGACCUCCACCCCCGCCCAGGAAUAGGCCGCCCAGCCCACCUGACCCUAGAAAGGUAUUAACUUCAUCUUCGGGGUCAUCAGCGAGCAGUUGCUCUGACGAAUCCUGUUCUGUCUGUUCGGCCAAGAACAAGAAGACCGCUCCACCAAAACCACCACCAGGUGUAAAGCCUCCAGUUCUACCGUCACCAUCGAAGCGUCCGUCUGGUUCCAGUGGGGCAGUGGUUCUACCAACUCGAGAACUUCUCAAAGCCAGGGAAGCCAGUAAGCGUACUCGAGAGGAAAAGGUGUUGGAAUGGCAACGCUCCCAGCUGGCAGUGCGUCCCACCCCGCCUAUACCCCCGGCCCAAAUAAAAAGGGAGGGCGAGAGACGUCGAGAGAGGCCGGACAGACCCGAGCGCGGGGUCUCGCCGGCAGCCAUUGCCGCCGCUCUGGCUGACAGCGAUUCUGACUCCGAAAGUGAUGCAAGUGCUUCCCCUCCACCACAGAGGCUUACACUAUCCGAGCGUUUCGGCAAGAUGGCGCAGUGGUCCGCUGCGAGAUCAGCUCGAGUGGAAAACAUGAAUAUGAGAAUAACGAGACGCGAAGCGGGUCUCGAUGUCCACAUCGACCCGGCCCCGAGAGACGCCAGACCCAGGUCCUUGAGUCCCGGGGAAAGGCCUGAUGAUGAUCUACCUGGUUUGGAACCAGCUCCCAUUGGGAGUUACCCAGAAGAGUUGUUGGCUGUCGCUCCUGGUGGUCUACCCUCGUGGGAUGACGUCAGAGUCAGAUAUGACUACUACAAGAGGCGAGGAUACCUCAGAGGUCUAUCACUUGGUGAUUACGUGAAAUGGGAGGAGUGGUGGUACAAAUACCAGGAGUGGUUGAAGCGCGAAAGGGCGUAUGAGCGCUGGGCUGAUGGGGAAGCCAUGCCGGUGCGUCGCGACAGGCGUCGUCGCGGAGGCCGGCACCGUCGAAGCUGAGGGCGCGCCGCCCCCGCGGCCGUCCUGUGCGUGGACUUGGCUGCGGGGGCCGCACUCCGCUAAGGGUGCGACCGCCUCCACCGGACCGACCUGCAGAUACACUUGGCAGGGAGAAAAAUCUAAAAUUGUGUUAGUGUAUAGUGUAGUGUCAAGUGAAGUGUAUGGAUAGUGUACAAACGGUUAACGGUGGUAAUUAGACAAUUGUGAUUAUGGUGAUAGUCGUUGAUUCUAGUUGAUUUUAGAUAGUAUCAUUAAUGAUUUGAAUUAAAAUUAUUUGCCAAUUAUAGUUUAAUACUUCACUUAAUACAUUAUUUACUAUCUACAAUCAACUACUAGAAAAGGAAUAUUUAUUCAUAAAGGGCUGUUCAAGUACUAUGUAGGCAGAUUUACUACACUUUAUAUAACACAUAUACACACACACAUACACACACGUAUAUAUACACACAUAUACACACACAUAUACACACA